AUGGGGAUAUCGCAACUUUUUCGCGCUGGCAUCACAGUGCCUGCCUGCGACCAAGGCAAACUGGUUACAGAUAGAGUUGCUUGCCGCUAUGAGACGCGUGUUCUGCACAAAACACUAAAGGAUGUACAGGCUACUAGGAGAGUGCAACAGUAUCGUCAGACGAUCAUCAAUACCUUGCGAUCCGCUACGACCGACGACAAUACUGGCUUGCAGCUUGUACGCCGAUUUGUGUACAUGGCAGAGACCCUUGAAAUUAACAAAGCGGUUGCAAUAAAUUCGGAAGAAUCCCAGGACGACGCUCCGAACGGAAAUACCUUGAUAGGCGCGUAUGCGGAGGUUAUGAAUGAGUCCAGUUUGAGCGGAUAUACAUCACUUGCCUACAAAACCGAGCUCCUCCAAAACGCAUCCGUCAAUCAAGCGUUGCUACAUCCGCUGUUCGUGGCGCUCAUAGCCUACCGAAUGGGGGGGCCGAUCGUAGCUGACGCUGCAUAUGCCCACAAGUGGAAAGCACCGGAGGGCUCGGCAACGACAGGAGUGCAGGCCUUCCAUAUGGAAGGUGAUUCUGGUGAUGCAUUCGAUCAUCAUCGUAUAACCGUAGUUUGGGAGAUUCGUGAUGGCAAGCCCAGCAGUCCAUCUGGCACACACCAUAUCUUCCUUGCUGGCGAUGCCACACCUCAUCCACUCGCAGCCCUCCGGCACCUAGGACAAGAGACACUGAUGACUGUUAUAUACAACUCUCAGUCUGCGGCGUUGUACUACGACUGCCAGAAUCCUGGAGUUGUACGAAAUAGCAUAACUUUAGACUUUCACGUCAACGUUGUCACAAACGAUGACCUCAACAUGAUUUCUGUAGAUGCUGUCAAACAAGACCAUCUCAAUCUAACCCAACUUCUCACAAACUUUCCAAUACACGACUAUGAUGCUCAUUUCCACCGGUUGCUUUUCGAUCCCAACUCUUUGAGUGCAAUAUUCUCGAAACUCUUGUCGCUCAAUAUCUCGAUCUCGCCGCCAACACCCCCUCCAACGCCCACGAAGACUUCCCUUGAACAGCGGUUCGAUGCCUACAUGAAGGAAAACCACGCUUGCAUUCCUCCCGAGAUCCUUGAUCUGGAGCACGACAUACCAAUCUCUGGCAAUUACGACUCGCCUUCUAGUCUUCUAGACAGGAUAUGCCUCAAAGCGCGCCGCGACGUCCACCUGAACCUCGGUAUAGACCUCUUCCCCCAAGUUCCCGUAGCCGAGCAGCAAGAAUGGGCACGGAAGUACAUCCGUGACCUCCCUAGAGAAAUUAUAUUCCAACGCCUGGCACAGUAUUUACAGAUCAUCACACAGUGUCCGUUCACAAACAACGAUCUUGUGCCAGUACGCCAGCUUAAACCUCUAGCGUCACAUAUCGAAAUGCGCUGCUUUGAGUUAAUCAGUACGGGUUUCAUCGACGACAUGUCUCUGCUACCGUCUAUCGCGUCCUUUGCGGCUGCAAUUGGCAGUGCACUCGAUGGACCUAAGGAGGCUCAAGUUGUUCCUGACCCAUGGAUCCAAGAUGCUGAUUUACAGAUCUUUCGCACGCGCUGCUUGUAUCUGUUUUGGUGCGCGGACUGGCUAGCUAGGUAUCUUGUGAGGCCGGUUCAGGGUGCAAUCAUGACCAUGGAGGUCAGGCAGCAGGAUUUGGCCGGAGUGAGAAGGGAGAUCAUCCUCAUGGCACAGGCCUUGCUGAGGAAUUGGUUGGCGUGGGGAUUGUUUGUCGAUGGCUUACCCAACAGACCAUUUAUAGUUAGGAGGCCGAGCGCAUUGGGGUAG